CCACGGCGUCGAGGGGGCGGGGAGUGGGAGGGAGCAUGGGCGGAGGAGGAGGAGGAGGAGAAGGAGGAGAGGGAGGAGGAAAAGAACCGACAGCAGGAAAAGCAGCGGGUGGAGCGGGGACUGCAGCAGCGGGGGCGGUGCCCAGCAGCAGAUGCCCUGCCCUGCCCCGACGGGGCGCCGGGCCGCGGCCCCGCGGAGCGGACAGGGCCGGCGUGCGCCGCCCGCCCAGCAGGCGCGCCGGGCCUCCCCGAGGGGCCGGCGCCGGCCCUCCACGAGAGAGGCCGGCGCGGCGAGGCCUGCCCGGCAGCCGCCUGCGUGGCUUCGGCACGCGGGGGCGUGUCGGGAUGCUGGCUUCUGGUCGGGUAG